AUGCCAGGCCCCAAGUCGGCUAGGCCGGAGACGCCUGCCUCGCCCAAAGUCACCGUCGAUCAUGCAGAAGAGAGCGGCUCGACAACGUCUCUCCCCACCAGUUUGUCUGAGCCUGAGCGUCCGGCUCUGCGAGGCUUUGCCAGUCCUCUACGUCAUCACAAGCGGACUCCCAGCGCUCACCGCGAAAUCAAGGAGACGCUAGAUGCUCGCGUCGAGUUCACUAGCGACGAGUCCGAUGGAAGGACGUACCAUAGGAUCAAUCAGUAUGUCAUCAUGGAAGAGAUUGGACGAGGCUCGUACGGCGCGGUACACCUCGCAACGGAUCAUCUUGGCAACGAGUUUGCCGUCAAAGAGUUCUCCAAAACCCGUUUGAGAAGACGUGCACAGUCCCAUCUCUUGCGACAAGGCCCAUACGGAACCCCCCGAGAUCGUCUCUCUUUCGGAGGUGGUCGUCCUGGGACACCCCAGCUGAGUGGCUUGCGUGCUAGCGAGAGCAAAGAUGCGCUGUUUUUGAUCCGAGAAGAAAUCGCCAUCAUGAAGAAACUGGAUCAUCCCAACCUGGUUCAGCUCAUAGAGGUGCUCGACGAUCCAGAAGAGGACUCGCUCUACAUGGUCCUCGAGAUGUGCAAGAAGGGCGUCGUCAUGAAGGUUGGCCUGGACGAGGAUGCCGAUCCCUACAGCAGCGAGAGUUGCCGCUACUGGUUCCGCGAUCUCAUACUGGGCAUUGAGUACCUCCACGCCCAGGGCGUCAUCCAUCGCGACAUCAAACCUGACAAUCUACUCUUGUCGAGCGAUGAGGUCCUCAAGGUGGUCGACUUCGGCGUGUCGGAGAUGUUUGAGAAGCCGGAAGACAUGAAGACAGCCAAGUCGGCGGGCUCUCCCGCCUUUCUACCCCCUGAGCUGUGCGGCAAACACAAGGAAGUUUCCGGCAAGGCUGCUGACAUUUGGUCAAUGGGCGUUUCGCUCUACUGUCUCAAGUACGGCAGAAUACCGUUCAACAGGCCAGGUGUGCUGGAGAUUUACGAAGCAAUCAAGGAGGAGGACCCCCGUAUACCUGAGGACGAGGAUCCCGUCUUUGUUGAUCUACUUCACAGGAUCUUGGAGAAAGACCCUGAGAAGCGCAUUACGAUGGCGGAACUUCGGGAGCAUGCCUGGGUGACGAAAGACGGCAGCGACCUCCUAUUGUCCGCCGAGGAGAACUGCGCGCACCUCGUCGAGGCUCCAAACGAGCUGGAGAUAAACCGAGCGUUCACCCGCAAGAUGAACCAUCUCCUGUCCGUCAUGAAGGCUAUCCAUCGUUUCAGGUCAUUGCUUAUCGACAUUCGCUCACGGUCAGGGGCACUGCCAGGGCCUUCCACCUCGUCGCCAGGACCUGGCACCUCCCCUCUUGUGGCUGGACCAGCCGAGCAGCGAGCAGAAGCAGAGGAAAUCGAAGCGCUCAUUCAACAGCGCCGCGAUCUGCUCAGCCAAGAGGAUGACGAGGCCGACAAGGGCCAUGCUCGCGACGUCGCCGAUCAAGAACCCCUGUUUCUGGGUAUCGGCACCGGAGCCAGGGAUGCCUUUGCCAUGGAUGAAGCCACACCGGAUGUGGUUGCCGAUUCCCCCACCGCAGUCGACUUUAACGUCUAUGACCGUGCCUACGAGGAGGCAGUAGAGAAGCAAAUGAAGGCGAACAAGGCCGGCAAGCCAACCCUCUACCUGACCAAGUUCGUGAAGGAGACGGAGCAGUUCAAGAAACUGGAAAAUCUUGUCGAGGGCACAGUACUGUCGCCACCUGUGCUCAAGGCCGAGGUCAGGGAAUCCAAAGAGCACCUGCAACGCCACAUCGCGAACGCGCCGAGCGGCAAACUGGCACAGCUCGUCUCCAAAAUUGGCAUCUCAGACACGCAGGCGCCUAAGACACGGCCGCCGGAGUGA